CUUUUCUAUGAGGUAACAUGGACAAAGUGGUCGUCUGUCUCCUACUUCUGGGAACUGCACUUACGAUGGUCCAUGCAUGUCCCAAAUAUUGUGUCUGCCAGAACCUGUCUGAGUCUCUGGGGACGCUGUGCCCCUCCAAAGGACUGCUCUUUGUGCCACCAGACAUCGACCGUCGAACUGUAGAGCUCAGACUGGGCGGCAACUUCAUCCUUAAGGUUACCACUCAGGAUUUUGCCAACAUGACAGGACUGGUGGAUCUCACUUUGUCCAGAAACACAAUUGGCAGCAUCCAGCCUUUCUCUUUCAUAGAUUUGGAGACCUUGAGAUCCUUGCACCUUGAUAGUAACCGGCUGACUGAACUGGGAGCCGACGACCUCCGAGGACUGAUCAACCUGCAGCACCUGAUUCUCAAUAAUAAUCAGCUGAAUCAAAUCUCAGAUUCAGCUUUUGAUGACUUACUACUAACAUUGGAAGAUCUGGAUUUGUCUUAUAACAACUUGCGCAGUGUGCCUUGGGAAGCCAUCCGCAAAAUGAUCAACCUACAUCAGAUGAGUCUGGACCAUAACCUCAUCUCCUUUAUUGCUGAGGGAACUUUUACAGACCUCGAGAAGUUGGCUCGCUUGGAUCUAACCUCCAAUCGUCUCCAGAAACUGCCUCCAGACCCCAUCUUUGCACGUUCCCAAAGCAGUAUGAUCAUGAGCACACCUUAUGCACCUCUACUUUCUCUAAGCUUUGGUGGAAAUCCAUUGCACUGCAACUGUGAGGUACUGUGGCUACGAAGGCUGGAUCGUGAGGAUGAUAUGGAAACUUGCGCUUCUCCAACUAGUCUGAAGGGGCGCUAUUUUUGGUCUAUUCGGGAGGAGGAGUUUGUUUGUGAGCCCCCUUUAAUCACACAACAUACGCACAAAUUGCUGGUACUGGAAGGUCAAACGGCUAGUUUACGAUGCAAAGCUGUUGGAGAUCCAAUGCCCACUGUGCACUGGGUUGCUCCAGAUGACCGUUUGAUCAGCAACUCAUCACGAGCAACUGUGUAUGAAAAUGGCACGUUGGACAUAGCAAUCACCACACCCAAGGAUUAUGGCAUCUUUACUUGCAUAGCUGCUAACGCUGCAGGAGAAUCUACAGCAUCUAUUGACCUAUCCAUCAUUCAACUCCCCCACCUGACUAAUGGCACAAAUCGUACCACUCAGUCCAAGUCAGGACUUUCGGAUAUCACAAGCUCUACAAAGCUAAGUAAGGGGGAUCCCAAACCUCUUCCAGAGAAGGUGGUCUCUGUAUCUGAAGUGACUGCUGUCUCUGCUCUGAUUAAGUGGACUGUAAGCAAAUCAACUCCAAAGGUCAAAAUGUUUCAGCUUCAGUACAAUUGUUCUGACGAUGAAGUCCUCAUUUACAGGAUGAUUCCCAGGACUCACAGGGCGUUCGCAGUCACUAAUUUGGUGCCAGGGAUGCAGUACGACCUGUGUGUCUUGGCCAUUUGGGAUGACACUGCCACCACGCUUACAGCCACCAACAUUGUCGGCUGUGUCCAGUUCGUCACCACGGAUGACUACCCGCAGUGCCAGUCACUUCACAGUGGCUUCAUGGGCGGCACCAUGAUUUUGGUUAUCGGUGGCAUCAUCGUGGCCACACUACUGGUGUUCAUUAUCAUCCUUAUGGUCCGCUAUAAGGUUACUAGUGGGAUCCAAAUGAGUAAAUUACCUACUGUGAGUAACACAUACUCACAGACCAAUGGGGGAGUGAACAGGUUCAACGGCGCCCCACCACAGGUCAAGUCCACAGUGGUGGUCAUGCGUGAGGAGAUGGUAGAGUUCAAGUGUGGAUCCCUCCAGAGCAGCCUCUCUUCAUCAUCAUCUUCCUCUAACUCAUUAGACAGCCAAACAGGAAGAGGAGCUGGUGGCCGCUACAGUGUUCAGAGCAGUGAAUGCAGCACCCUGCCCAGCAGUAAGUUCAGGAGGCAUGCGCAUGGAACCAAAGCACGGCAAAAUUUGGACCACCUUUUAGGGGCCUUCACCUCACUGGAGCUGCGAGGUCCAGUGAAGGAGCACCAAGGGGCUUCGAGCUCCUCCACCGCUCAAAACACCAUCACAACGGUAGCUGUGGCACCGCCAUCUGAUAAAGAGCCCCUGCUCGGGAGGGCUGAGUCCACGACUAUGCUUGGACGACUUCUAGGUUUUCCCCAGGAGGGUAAGCCUAAGAGGAGCCAUUCGUUUGACAUGGGCCAUGUUGGGGCAGCACAGUGUCGCAGCAGCCAACCGCGCAGGAUCAGUAACAUCUGGACUAAGCGCAGUCUGUCUGUUAACGGUAUGCUCCUGCAGUACGAUGACAGUGAAGAAGAGAAACCCUCUUUUGAGAGCUCUGAGUGGGUAAUGGAGAGCACAGUUUGAGUACAGACCAUUCAUAAGGUUUAAGACCAAACAGUAGAUCGGUAUCACAAACUGAUGAAACAAGAGGGAGCCUUGAAUAAGGUUCCAUGACAAAGCUGUCUAUAUGAAGUUCAACCGUGUGAAUACUGUUGAGAAGACACACAGAUCAAAAAGUAAACGCCCAUGAUCAGAAAUCUCAGACACGUUUGCCUAUAUGUGAAAAUGUUCCAUUUAAAAAUAACUGGGGGGAAAAUACCCAUAUGGAAUAAAUCCUGAUCUGCAGUCAAGAGGAAAGAUAAGACAUUCAGAGUGGAUUUAUUACUUCUUUAUCAAAGGACUUGAAUACCAAGAGGAUUUGCUUUGACUGUGAUAAACUGGAUCACAGUGUUGUGAACUAAAGGUUGAUCCUGAACUACUCCUGCAGCAGAGUUGGACCACGUGAGCUAG